UGCUGGAGACGGGUUAUAACAAAGUGUUUGAAACUACUGCCAGCUAGACAAGUGGGUUCCUCCGAACAGUCUAACAAUACUGGAGAUCAUUUCAAUCGGGAACGCCACUUCGAUAUCAUCGGUGCUGUCUAGACACUCUAAAAUUAUGGUGCUGUAUAAACUCUCUGCGAUAGUCCUGUUUAGCGCUAUGAUGCUCACUAGCGCGCGAUAUCAGCGUUACAUUUGCCAAGUCAUCGAAGAAGAUUGGUGCACACUAACGAAAGUCUACAUCACGUCACGCACCGAUCUGCGAGGUUUGCGCUUCCCGGAUGAUCAGUUCGAGAAAAUUCGCAUCGGUCAGCAUUACGACUUUGCGGAUACGGAUAGUGUCAUCAGUAUAUUUUCCGCGGGAUUAUUCCACCGAAUGAACAGGGUUCGCUAUCUACAGAUAAACGCGGUGCGAAUGACCGGGCUGGAUAUUCCAGGUACACUUCUCGAGUUGGAUGUAUCCAACAAUUGGAUCAGUCGAAUCUACAUCGACCCGGAUAGAAGCUAUGCUUUGAGAAAGCUGAAAAUGAGAAACAACCUUGUCACAAGUGUGGCCACCUUCAAGUAUUUGAAUCAGUUGGAAGAGCUAGACAUGAGUGAAAAUCUGGUUCAUUUGUUGAACUUUGAACUGUUCUCGUUCAUGCCUUACAUUCGGGUUGUCGAUUUCUCCCGGAACCGACUGUUGGAGGUGCGACCGGGCGAUUCCAAUUUAGUGUUAUACUAUUUGGAAAGUUUGGAUUUGGCAUACAACCAGUUGAUUGGAUUGGAUCUAAAACUUUGGACAUUCCCAUCGUUGCGGAUGCUGAACGUUACGGGCAAUCCGUUCCAGAGAUUGGAUUAUUUCGAGGUGCGACGAGCUUUCCCGAGGCUCCGAAGAGUGACCUAUUGAGUGAUGGUGUUCUAUUACAUGAGAUUAAUAGAGAAAGAUGAAUCGGUCGCCAUAUCACGAUAAGAGUAUAUUAACGACGUUUUUUUUCUAGAAUUUUAACAGGACAUUGUUAUUGAUGCAUAGUUAAUAAGCAAUGUUAGACAAAAAAUCCAUGAUAAUAUAGUGUGUUUUACUCAGUUACGAAA